CUAAAUAUAAUCAAAAUAAAAAAGAAAAGGUAUGUACUUAUUCACUGCAAAAUUUCCAAGAGCUCCAUUAGUAUCCUGUUUUUGGCAUCAUCGGACUCAUUGCGUACAGCAAACAAUAAGCAUGUUAGCUCAGUUUAAGUAAUUUAUUUUCUAACUGCCGAGGCUUUGCUUGAUUAUCUAUGAUGACCGCUACUACGAAAGCAAACUUCGUAAGGUUUUAAAUUCGUUUUUUGAUUUUAGAAUUUUCAAAUAAAAAUAUAUUUUUCAAACCAAGUGGGGUGCCCGUGCACCCAGUGCACCCCCCUGGAUCCGCCACAGCAUAUUUCUUAACCUGUUGCACGUUAUGAUACUAUUUGUAACAUUCACAAAUAGUGUACGCUGAAGAACAGGGCGAAAAGAAGGGGGCAAGCUGGCAAUAUUUUGAUAACUUUCGUGUUUAUUUUGUUGUUGUUUGGUUGUGUUGGCGUAUUUUUUCACUAACGCAAGGCGCCCCAACAAAUGCGGCGAGUUAAUAAAGACUUGAUAUAAUUCCACACUUGCAAGUACUGUUUUACUGAAAUAGCGAAAUUUAUUUCUUUAUGAUCAUGUUCAUGGCCAUAGGAUAAAGCCAAGAUGCAGGCCAAGCUGCAACAACUGAAAUCACAGAAAGUCUUCAUACAACAUUUGCUAAAUGGAAUAUUAGAAAAGGUCUUGGCUGCAUCAGCCCCAGCACUCGCCGAAAGGGAAGAGAAAAACCUCCAGUCCUCCUGUGACGGGCUACAGGAAGAAAAGGCGACGUUUGAAGCACAAAUUACCGCGCAGGCGAAAAACAAUGCCGCAAAAGAUGCACGCCUCGUGGAACUGAAGAAGGAAAUUGAACAGGCGAAAACACGUCAACACGCAGUAAGUCUUACAGCGAAUACCGUAAAUGAUCUAAUAAGUGCCCCUAUCUAAAGAACGCCUCCUAUCUAAUGAACGCCACCCUAAGCUUACAAGUUUUUAAUGAUUGCCCCUCUCUAUUGGGUGAGACUUGCUUAAUGUCAAAAAAAGCUUGCUACGAGAUCCUAUGACUGAGACUCGAACGCCACUGCACUUGGUGUUGUUAUAUUUUCAUAGUUUGUAAAGAACGCCCCCCCUCGGACCGUCGAAAUUUAAUAAACGCCCCGGGCGUUUAAUUAGAUCAUUUACGAAAAGACCCGUCCACACGCAGUAAGUCUUACAGUGAAAAGGACCCGUCCACACGCAGUAAGUCUUACAGUGAAAAGGA